GUAGCCGCGCGGCGGGACCUCGAGGUAGCGCGCGGUUCCUCCGUCCUCGGCCAGGCGUCUCCUACCGCCACCCCCGCUUCCCGGCUCCGGAGGCGGGCCUCGCUCUCCCUGGUCCCAAGACCCAGAUCCCGGAGGCCGAAACCGGCGGGGACCGGAAGUGUGCGCGGCGGGGCGGGACCCCGGCGCCCGACGCCGGAAGUAGCGUUUGCUGAGAGACGGGACUCCUCAGGCUUCCCUAUGGCGGCCAUCCCCCCCGACUCCUGGCAGCCGCCCAACGUGUACCUGGAGACCAGCAUGGGGAUCGUUGUGCUGGAGCUGUACUGGAAACAUGCGCCAAAGACCUGCAAGAACUUCGCAGAGUUGGCUCGCCGGGGUUACUACAAUGGCACCAAAUUUCACCGAAUCAUCAAAGACUUCAUGAUCCAAGGAGGUGACCCAACAGGGACAGGUCGAGGUGGUGCGUCCAUCUAUGGUAAGCAGUUUGAAGACGAGCUUCAUCCGGAUUUGAAAUUCACAGGAGCUGGAAUUCUCGCAAUGGCCAACGCAGGACCUGACACCAAUGGCAGCCAAUUCUUUGUGACCCUAGCUCCCACCCAGUGGCUUGAUGGCAAACACACCAUCUUUGGCCGAGUGUGCCAAGGUAUAGGAAUGGUGAAUCGAGUAGGAAUGGUGGAAACAAACUCCCAGGACCGCCCAGUGGACGAUGUAAAGAUCAUUAAGGCGUACCCUUCUGGAUAGAUUUGCUGCUUCCCCGGUCCCUGACCUUCUGAGGUGGCCCCAGCAAAUCAGCUUCCAGAUGACUGAGAAUACACAUAACUCAAAACUUCAUUUUGGGGGGCUGGAGCGAUAGCAUGGCGGAUAGGGCGUUUGCCUUGCAUGAGGCCAACCCAGGUUCGAUUCCCAGCAUCCCAUAUGGUCCCCUGAGCACCGCUAGGAGUAAUUCCUGAGUGCAGAGCCAGGAAUGACCCCUGUGCGUCGCCAGGUGUGACCCAAAAAGGAAAAAAACACAAACAAGACACUUCAUUUUGGCCUUGCAGUCAUCGUGCUAAGGAGCCCUGGGGUCUCAGGUGAGUUAGGGACAGAAGUAUGUUUCAGUUCAGCGAGAUGCCCCUUCUCUUCCCCCAUGCUCAGCAUGAUUUCCCGUGCCCCACAGAAGUGCUCACAUACGAACAUUCACAGCUGACUGCUCCUGGCCAGUGGCCCUCUCUGCUCCUGUGCAUGUCUGCUCUGGUACCUGUGGAAUGCGGUGAAGCAGGCUGUGGUUGUGCACAGUGCCCAGCCAAACUUUCUGGCCAGCCAAACUGAGUCUUUGAUGGCUGACAGCCUCAGAAUUCCAAUCCAAGUAGUGUCUGUCAGGCUUCCUAACUCUGGCACACCCUGCUUCGGUCUCCCUCGUUCGUUCUUCCAGAGAACGUACGCAUCUCUCUCCAAACCAGAGCAUCCACACUGCUGUUUCUGACACUUAGACAGCCCACGCAGAGCCAUGUUGAAUUUUUGCCAAAUGGGAACUGCAUCCAACAAUCAAGUUUCUGAGAAGGUGUCAAGUGAGGAAUGAUAAUGUGUAAUAAUCGAGAAGUGAAUUUAUUAAAAGGGAGCAGAAGCAUUGGCCAUUUUUUUCCCUUCAGGAAGGAGUAGAAAUCUGUAGUAAGCAUAAAGACAGACUGAAUUUCUGUAUUUUCUUAAAGGAGAAACACCACUUUGAAAAGAAAAAAUAAAAUUUUUUUUAUGUAAGACUUAAAACAUAGGAGGUUUUAUAUGUUGAGUUGCUUUGGGUUGUGUGUGUGUGUGUGUGUGUGUGUUUUAAUAUUUGUGAUUUUUGGAGGAUUGAUAAGUGAAAGGAAGUUACUAUCUGUGUAAAACAUAGGCACUUCCAAAAUAAAUACUCGUUGAUGGUCAGAAUCGUUGCUGUGAACUGAUUUCAAAUAUUGUGGUAGCAGGUUCUAACAGCAACUUUAACAUGUAGUAUUCAAGGAUCAUCUUCAGAAUUUUACACCAUUUUCUACCAUAGACUUCCUACAUUUAAGACUUGAAAGGUAGUAUUGAAAGAAGACACGGAUGAGGAGGAACCAUCUGUAGAGUAGCCAGGCAUAUGUGUGGAGAGGCCUGAACCAUCCUUGUACUUGCAAGGGAUACACCUUCUUGUCAUUCUGGGCCCUGGGAUAAUGUUAUUGUUUUGGGGAGGGGGUGGAGGAGUGGGGCAAACCCCAGAGAUGCUCAGGUGUUGCUCCUGGCUUUGCACAGUACCUAGAAGUGCUUGGGACCUAAUGGGAUGCCGGGAUUGAACUCUGGGUCAGCUGUGUGCAAGGCAAAAAUGCCUUACCUGCUGUACUAUUCCUCUGGCCCUUCAGGGCAAUGUAUUCUGGCUUUCUUAACCUGGUAGCUCCUCAGUUGAUGGAUUGUAGCCUUAACUUAGUGGUCCUUCUCACGGUACAUUUUGGAAAUGAUUUGCUUGAUAGACUAGCCAGACAACACUAUUUUCUAAGCUUUCCCCAUGUUCAGCCAUUCCCCGUUCUCCUUUUUUGCUCAGUAAACAGCAGAAAGAUCCUA